AAAAAAGUUCUUUUGUACUAAUGAUUCGCAACUCAAGCUGCGUGGUAGCCAAAGUUGUCCAUAUAUUGCCGUUUCUGAUCAAGACUCUGGACUCCAUCUCUUGCACCUUCUUCUUCACAGCUGUCGGCAUCAGUUUCCCUGCCACCGUCGCCUGCGUAAGAACUUCCAUCUGUCGCCGUGACCUACGUCUCCCCUGGUGUCAACAACCAUCAGCGGCCUCUCCCCAAUACAAGGGCCGCCGCACGUCAGAUUCAUCUUCUUCUUCACAAUCAAGUCAAAGCAUAGGAAUGCAUGCUCCGAACAAUUUACCCGACCAGUUGCCAGAUCUCCGGCGAGCCUUCGCCUCUUCUUCACCACCACCAUUAACGGGGAAAAUUCUUGCUGGACUACCACGAGCUUGUCUACUCCUUAAAUCACACAGCUCCAUCCUCGUCGGAGACUUUCCCACUCCGAACAUUAAGAAGCCACUCCCGGUCAUCCGCCGUGGCCUCGCAGCAGGAACCAAAGUAUCAUCAAAACAACUGCCGUUUCCCUUCACCGGAAAUGUUUUGAAUCUUGAAGUUUUUUGGGCCUUACGAUGUGGUUUCAGAUCGUUUUCAGGUACAGAAAUCAAAUUACCAAACAAAGCAACUUUUUCCGGUCUGGGGGAGCUGACGAUUGUGAAUCUAAAUGAUGACAAUGAAUUCCUGUUAUAUGGUUCUUCGGAUGAAGAAGAUGGAUCACUGUAAAUCUGAAAAUCGGAAAGGGAGAGAGUAUCAUCGGCAUCAUCACUUGCUUCGUUUGCAUGCAUAUCCAUGUUUGUAUGUUUUUGUUUGUUUCAAAAUUAUGCACACGUAUAUAUACACAUAAUCGGAAAAAAUAUGUGGCGCGUAUAAUGUGUAAUUAAAUAAUUAUAUAUAAAAUAUUGCAUGUGAUUUUGUGGGGGAUUUUUUUUAUAAUAUUUGGUG